GGAAAAGUCGUUUAGACGUAGCAGACACAAAAAGCACCCAGCCGGAGCAAGGGCGACGUAUCCUAGAAUUACCAAAACGCAACUCACGCUAUUACACUAUAUUGGGUCCGUACAGCCCAACAGUCAGGCAGUAAUGAAUACGCUUCUGAAGAGAAUUCUCCUUACAUCUGGUGGUGCAAGAAAACUGAAAUUCUACUCAUUGAUGUCGACGAACACGGCCACGGAAGAAAUGUUGAAUGUCUCAGUCCCGGAGCCUUCCUCACCAUGCCAAACGGACGACGGAAGCUGCAUCUACACUCAAGGUUCCAUUCCCGACGUGGCACGGGACAUUAUUUCUAAGCGGCAUACAGAGGACGAUGCGUUCUUUGUGUGCGACCUGCGGGACAUAACCAGGAAGGUCAUCCUUUGGAAGGAAUGUCUCCCAAGGAUCGAGCCCUUUUACGCAAUCAAGUCCUGUAGAGACCCUGUGGCAUUGAACGCCCUCAACAAUCUUGGCAUCAGCUUCGACUGCGCAAACAAGCUUGAAAUGAGCGCUGUUCUGAACAUGGGCGUUUCUCCAGAUCGCAUAGUGCUUGCCAGCACUGUCAAAGGCUCGUGGGACAUUGACUUCGCCCUCAAGCAUAAAAUCACCCUCAUGAGCUUUGACUCAGUGGAAGAGCUCGCCAAGGUGAAAGACAAGAACGUGAGGCUGCUUCUCAGAAUCAAAGCUGACGAGACGGGAUCGUAUAGUAUGUUCCACAAUAAAUUUGGAGUGCCAUUCUCUGAUGCCAAGCGAGUUCUGCAAGGAGCCCAGGCGAUGGGAUGCAAUGUUGUCGGUGUGUCGUUUCACAUCGGCAGCGCCUACGAGACCCCUGAGACCUUCUCUCGCACAAUUGAAACUGCAAAAGCUGUAUUCGAUGUGGCAGCGAGCAUGGGAACUUACAUGACAGUACUUGACAUUGGUGGAGGCUUUCCCGGAGGACUGAGAAAACGUGACAACUUUCUUAAGGUGUGCGAGAAUAUUCGUUCGGCGACUGAUCUUCUGUUCCCAGCAUCGAGUGGCGUGCAGCUCAUUGCAGAGCCAGGACAGUUUUUCAUCACGUCAUGCUAUGCGCUGGUCGUACAGGUUAUUGGAAAGAGGCGUAGAGAUCUCGUAGUGGACGGAAUCAGUCAACCUCACCAAGACGUCUUCAUCAAUGAAUCCAAAAACAACUGCGUAUCGCGCCAUCUUUACAACUUCUUGGACGUGGGAUACUGGCCACUGCAGGAUCCACUGGAAAGACCACACGACAUGCUCACUACUGUUUGGGGAGGCACCUGCGACCCUGGAGACUGCAUAGACAUCACGAAGCCGCUCUUCGACGUCAGCGUUGGCGAGUGGCUGCUUAUGGACAACAUCGGUGCUUACGCGCUGAACAACGCGACGGGCUUCAACGGCGCGCCGUUCCCCGCGGUGCAUUACAUCGUGCCGGAAGACAGCGUCAGCUUUGUGCGCCACAUACUCGCCGCAUCGCCUUUGCGCAGUGGCUACAGCCAGCCCGAAGGCGCGUUGAAGAAAGCCGUUCUGGAUCUUUGGAAAUCAGAAGCUGCGAGACGUAAUUCGCGGAUAAUGGUUCCAUCCAGUGUGGUCAGGCCUUGCUGAUGUUAUUACUAGAUACGUUUUAAGUCAUGGAGUGAAGUAAAAAACAACCACAUUCGUAUUAAAAUGAGGAUAAUGGACAAUUAUGAGUAGCUGCAGCACUAGUCUAAGCAAAGUAGCACUU